AUGGCUCGUACUAAGCAAACUGCCCGUAAAUCGACUGGUGGCAAGGCUCCUCGUAAGCAAUUGGCCACUAAAGCCGCUCGUAAGAGCGCACCAGCCACCGGCGGUGUUAAGAAGCCUCAUCGUUUCCGUCCCGGUACAGUCGCUUUGCGUGAAAUCCGUCGUUACCAGAUCGCUGCCGGCGAAAAGAAGACAGCUGCCAAAAAACCAUCUGCCGCCAAAAAGACCGCUGAAAAGAAGAAGGCUGACAAAACAAAGGCCAAGGCUGCCAAGAAAACCGGUACAGUUAAGGCAAAACCCGCAAAGACCGCCGCUAAAGCAUCUGCCACCAAACCAAAGGCACCCAAGGCAAAAACAGCCGCUGCUAAGCCCAAAAAAGCCGCAGCGCCAAAGAAGCCAGCUGCCAAGAAAGCCGCCGCCAAGAAGUAA